GAAGAUACGGGAGACUGUCGAGUAUGCUAAAAAGAACGAACGUUCACUUCCCGCUGGGAAAGUGUCGAGGAAAGAUCUUUACAGAAUGGUUCGAGUGACUGCUUAUGUUCAUCAUCCUGUGUACAAUUACAGCCACAAGUAUAGAAACCUGGACAUGAUGAUGAAAGACGUCAAGAACUUCCUGCAGGACUACGACCAAAUAAUCUUGCACAAGGAUCCCUAUAGAGGAGUGUUCCACAGCUAUUUGCGCGAGAUCCGUACCAAGACUAAACAGCUGCUGCUGAAAUUCGAUGCAAAACCAUACGACGAUGGAAGUGCGAAACCGGAAAAGGAGUUGUUCUGCUGUGGUUUGGCUUUCCACGAUGCUGCGGAACUGAGGAGGCACUAUAAAGCCGUUCAUAAUGAACCGUUCGUACGUCACGCAAAUGCGAUCGAGCUCAAAUCUGCUUUCGCGAAGCUAGCUCACAUGCGUCAUCGACUUAACGAGUACAUCAAUUUUGGAGAAGAAUACUCCUUGGGUCUGAUCAUCAAUUUGAAGAGAAUGCAGAAGAAAAUUUCCAAUUCAUUAAAGUUCUAAGCUACUGAAACAAACGUAGAUAAUUUCAUAUUCUUAAAAAUCCGAAAUUCAAAUCCUUCAGAGAUAAACAACCCGUGAUCUUCCGCUUUUCACGAAACCUCCCGACUCACGCAAGAUCGUGUGAUCGCGCUUACGUCUGUCUUGAUCGACUAAUUAUGUGUCUUCCGCUCGAUUCUGCCUUGAUGCGAAUACACAC